AGCAAUUGACAGAUGCCAAGUUAAUGUGUUACUUAGACAGUACCAGGAGUCCACUCCCUCCUGUGCUGGGGGAGCAAAGGAUGGAAGGCAGAAAUUGAGCGUGUGGGAUCCAGCAAAGCCAGCAGCUACGCCAGACAGCAGACAGGUGGCCAUGGCUAACAAGAGGAUUGCAGUCAUCGGCGGUGGAUCCAGUGGGCUGUGCGCCAUCAAAUGCUGUUUGGAUGAUGGGUUGGAGCCCACCUGCUUCGAGAGCAGUGAAGAUAUCGGGGGGCUCUGGAGGUUCAAGGAGAAUCCCGAAGAGGGCAGGGCCAGCAUCUACAAAUCCGUCAUCAUCAACACCUCCAAGGAGAUGAUGUGCUUCAGUGACUUCCCCAUCCCGGAGGAUUACCCCAACUACAUGCACCACUCCAAAGUGAUGGAGUAUUUCCGCAUGUACGCCGAGCGCUUCGGCCUCCUGAGACACGUCCGCUUCCAGACCAAUGUGGUGAGCGUGACAAAGCGCCCGGAUUUCUCCACCUCGGGCCAGUGGGACGUGGUCACAGAGACGGAGGGGAAGCAGGACUCGGCCGUCUUCGAUGGGGUCAUGGUUUGCACCGGCCACCACACCCACCCCCAUCUGCCGCUGGACUCCUUCCCAGGGAUCGACACGUUCAAAGGCCGCUACUGCCACAGCCGGGAUUACAAGAAGCCCCAGGAGUUCUGAGGGAAGAGAGUCAUUGUGGUCGGCAUUGGCAACUCGGGAGGGGACCUGGCCGUGGAGCUCAGCCAAGAAGCCGAUCAGGUCUUCCUCAGCACCAGGCGUGGGGCGUGGGUCCUGAACCGGGUCGCCGACGAAGGAUACCCAGUGGACAUCGUGCUCUCCACCCGGUUUAAAACCUUUCUCAAGCAGAUGUUGACAACAUCCAUGAUUAACCAGUGGGCGGAGAACAAAUUAAAUGCAAGAUUCAACCACACACACUAUGGACUAAAGCCUCAGCACAGGAUUACGAGCCAGCACCCAACCAUCAACGACGACCUGCCGAACCGCAUCAUCUCCGGCAAGGUGCUGGUGAAGCCGAACAUCCGGGAAUUCACCGAAACCGGCGUCAUCUUUGAAGACGGCACCAGAGAGGAGGACAUUAGUGCUGUUUUCUUCGCCACAGGCUACAGCUUCUCUUUCCCCUUCCUCCAGGACUGUGUCAAAGUGGUCGAAAACCAGGUCUCCCUGUACAAAUUCAUCUUCCCUCCGCACCUGGAGAAGCCAACUCUGGCUUUCAUUGGCCUCGUCCAGCCCCUGGGGGCCAUCAUGCCCAUUGCCGAACUCCAGAGUCGCUUGGCCACGCAAGUGUUCAAGGGGCACAUCAGGCUACCCCCAGAGAGCGACAUGGUGGCCGAUAUUACGCAGAAGAAAGAGGAAAUGGCAAAACGGUAUGUGAAGAGCCAGCGCCACACUAUCCAAGUGGAUUACAUCGAGUACAUGGAUGAAGUGGCCUGCCUGGCCGGAGUCCAGCCCAAGCUGCUGUCGCUCUUCCUCACGGAUCCAAAGCUGGCCAUGGAGGUUUUCUUUGGGCCCUGCACGCCGUACCAGUACCGCCUGCGAGGGCCGGGGAAGUGGGAUGGAGCCAGGAACGCCAUCCUGAGCCAGCGAGAACGGGUCAUUAAGCCUCUGAAAACCAGGGCCGUGGGCGAGUGUACUCAGCACAGCUCAGUGCCCUACCUGGUCACGAUGGUUGGUGCCGUGGCUCUCCUUGCUGUCGUUUUUGCUUACUUUUAACGGCUCUUCCUCUGCUUGCUUGCUUAGGGAGGGGGUUGUUAACACCCUCUGCCCUCAGAGGGUUUCUAACGUGCUCCCGGUGGCACUGCCACACCUCCAGUGUAACCAUUGGCUCGCACUGUCAUGCCUUGGGAAUUUCCGCCCCCUCAGCUGUGGCCGCUCCUUGUGUGCUGUCACAUGAGACGUCGUUGGCUCCAUUAAAUGUGUCGCAGGCUG